GGUCGCCCGCAGUGGCCGCCGCGGCAGGCGCAGCAUGGACGGCUCGCUCGCCUCGCUGCUGCUGGACAAGCUGCUGCUCCUGGCCAACCUCAAGCUGUGGCAGGCGGGCACGGAGGGUGGCGAGGCGCGGCCCGAGGCCCUGCGACGGGGCGACCUGCUGGAGGUGCCCCGCACCCUCUUCACGCACUACGGCAUCUACCUGGGCGACAACCGCGUGGCGCACCUGAUGCCGGACAUCCUGCCCGCCCUCACCGCCGACCCGCGGCACGUGGGCCGGGCCGUCACCAACGCGCGCCUGCUGCUGGGCGUCCUGGCCAAGGUGGCCAGCAUCCGCGUGGACACGGUGCGGGACUUCGCCUACGGCGCCAGCGUCCACGUCAACAGCCUGGACGCGCUGCUCAAGAGCCCGGCGCUGGGCGCCGAGGAGGUGGCGGGCCGGGCGGAGCGGCUGCUGGGCGCCUGGCCCUAUAGCCUGCUCUGGAACAACUGCGAGCACUUCGUCACCCACUGCCGCUACGGCAUGGCCGCCAGCCUGCAGACCGACAAGCUCUGUGAAACAUUGAAGAUGAUUAUUCGGGACCAGAGAAGCAUUGUUGUUUCGGUGCUCCUGGGACUGGCAUCUAUCAUGUGCCUAGGUCUGGCACCAUCUACCACCCUGCCCACUAUCUUUAUUCCAUUUAUCUUGUGGAUGGCUGGCUAACGGAACCAACCGGCACCUGUACAUAGAACAUAUAGUAUUAAUUUGUAUUUAUAAAAGCACAUAUUACUUAUUGGCGUUGUGUAAAGAGAAAAAUGUAACAUAACCUUGUGUAAUGUUUUAAAAUGCAUCCUUAUUCAGAACACAAUGCACAAGAAUAGCUUACUGUGUAAGCCAAAUGAGCAGAUUUCCUGAAAAUCUCACCGGAAGGUAAACUUAAAAACCCCUUUUAAAGCCAUGAAAGAACAGGGACAUGAUAGUUUUGCUCUCUGCUUUCAGUUGUAAAGGUUCUUGUGAAUGUAUUGUAUAUA